GCAGCUCUAACCUCAUUGCCCGCGCUCCGGCGGGGAGAACGGUGGCCCCCAGCAGGCCCGGGGGCCCGGGGACUUGGCAAGGCAGGGGAGAACCAAGCCGAAAAACACGGGGGUGGGGGAGCGCCCUUGCGGGAUUGGGGCCUCAGACCCUUCGCACUCAAGUGGCCCUGCAGCCUGGGGUGUACCGGAAAGUGAAUGAGGUCGAAUAGCCCCGCCUCCUGACCCCGCUCCCCACACCCUGAGUAUCUGAGGGUGUGUUUGUGUGUGUGUACGUGUGUAUAUGUGUGUGUGACAUUUGGGAGAAUAUCUCCAUUUGGGAUGGGGGGCGGAGGAAACGGGGAAAGACUUGUGUGGGAAGGUAUAUUUGUGCUUGGGAGAAGAUGGAUUUGUCACUGGCCUGCUGUCCCCACCCCUUCCUCCCCCAGGAACUAACUGAUCUUCCUAAAAUUACGAUUGAUGGCUUGUUCACUUUCUGGCCAUUGUGUUCCUGCAUCUCUUGCUUUUCUUUACUCGACUCUAAAGGCCUAAUUCUGAAUCUGAGGCUACUAGGUACCCCCUGCUUGACCCAGCUCUAUCUCUUCCUCCCACUCCCCACCCCCAUCAGCAGUCCAAGUCUGGACUCCAGGACCGAAUUUCUGUUAGGUGAUGAAUAUUGACAGCUAAAGAGAAGUUAAGUUGCCUCUGAUCUCCCAAACACUAAAAAAAACCCAUCCCUGAGCACCAAGGUGGAAGCGACCAACUUAUGGACUAGAGUCCAUCCUAGUAGGAAAGAAAAGUUCUAGCUCCUCAGAGCCCUUGGACAGAGACAAGAGAUUCAUAGAAGAGAACAGAUCCUGGAGCUCAGAGAGAUCAAGACUUUGAAGUCCAUCAGCAGAGUCCAAAGAGGUGAUUGACCAUGGAGAAGUCAACUCAAGUGAUUGAGGAGGAAGCUCAGUCUUCUCAGGACUUUUCCUUUCCCCAAGAAAAGAAGACCCAAGAGGUAGAAUCAGCUGCUCUUCAACUGACAGCCAGGUCUCAUGAAUCAGUGACUUUCAAAGAUGUGGCCAUGGACUUCACCCCAGAGGAAUGGGGACAGCUGGAUCCUGCUCAGAGGGAUGUCAUGCUGGAGAACUAUAGGAACCUGGUCUCUUUGUGGCUUCCAGUUUCCAAACCUGAUGGGAAUUCUAAUUUUGAUCAAGGAGAAAAUCAAUGGAUGAUGGAGAAAAAAGUCCCAAGAGGCAACUGUUCAGACUGGGAUACUAGGUCUGAAAGCAGAGAGUCAGCCUCAAUACAGGAAAUCUAUGAAGAGGAAUCAUCACAAAGGGUGAUGGUGGGAAGAGUCACAGAGGAUGAUGUUUCCAACUUGGAAGAAUGUGAGGACUGGUUAGAGAGACAACAGGAAAAUGAGAGACAUUUAAGGCAAGUGACAAUUGCCCACAAGAAAAACCUUACUAAGGAGAGAGACUUUGAAUGUAAUACAUACUGGAAAAGUUUUAGUCAGAAGUCAAUUAUUAUUAGUCAAGAAAAAGUUCCUACAGGAGAGAAAUUGGGUAAUUUUGAAAGAAGGACCUUCAAACAAAGCUCUAACCUAGUGAAAAAUCAGAGAAUCUACAAGGAGAAAAAAGCUUGUAAGUGUAAUGAAUGUGGAGAAUCCUUUAGUUACCAUUCAGUGCUUAUUCGGCAUCAAAGAAUUCAUACUGGAGAGAAACCAUAUACAUGCAGUAGUUGUGGGAAAGCCUUCAGCCACAAAGCUAACCUCAAAAAGCAUUUGAAAACUCAUACUAGGUCAAGACUCUAUACAUGCAAUGCAUGUGGGAAAACUUUUACUGAGAGCUCAGCUUUUUCUGAACAUCAGAAAACACAUAUUGGAGAGAGACCUUAUGAAUGUAAUGAAUGUGGGAAGGCCUUCAGUCGGACUUCACAUCUUAUUCAGCAUAAGAUGAUUCAUACUGGAGAGAAGCCCUAUCAAUGUAAUGAAUGUGACAAAGCCUUCAUUCAUUCCUCAGCUCUUAUUAAGCAUCAAAGAACUCAUACUGGUGAGAAACCUUACACAUGUAAUGAAUGUGGGAAAGCAUUCAGUCAUUGCUCAUCCCUUACUAAACAUCAGAGAGUUCAUACUGGGGAAAAACCCUAUGAAUGUAAUGAAUGUGGGAAGACCUUUAGUCAGAGUACACACCUCGUUCAACAUCAGAGAAUUCAUACUGGAGAGAAACCUUAUGAAUGCAACGAAUGUGGGAAAACCUUUAGCAGAAGUUCAAACUUUGCUAAACAUCAGAGAAUUCAUAGUGGAAAGAAACCCUAUGAAUGUAACGAAUGUGGCAAAGCCUUCAUUCAUUCAUCAGCGCUUAUUCAACAUCAGAAAACUCACACUGGAGAAAAACCUUAUAGAUGUAAUGAAUGUAUGAAAACUUUCAAGUGUAGUUCCUCUCUCCUUAGACAUCAGAGACUCCAUACAGGGGAGUAAGCCCUAGAAAGUAAUAAUGCAGAGAAACGUUAGAAUCCUAAGUAGAACAUAAGCUCCUUGAGAACAGGGAGUGUUUAGUUUUUGGUCUCUAUCCCUACUAUCUGGCAAUCUACCUAGACAAUACAGUGCCUGGGACAUAGCAGGUGCUUAAUAAAUACUUGUGGGGUUGAACUUGUUAUUUUGUUGAAUAUUUUUACAAUCAGGGAAGGAGAUCCAUAAAAUAUUGUAAGUUUUUUGAGGCAAAACUUUAUAUACUUGUUACUUUAUUUGUACAGUACAUUGUCCAGGUGAUGGGUAUUUAUCAUUUAAUAAAUAUCUGUUGAUUCAUCGA